AUGUUUGGUUAUAUUUCAAAAGUUUUUAUAUGUGUUAGUUUAAUUAUCAAUUUAAAUAGAUGGAUUGAUUCUAAGUUUAAAAAUACUUAUUAUGCUAGAUAUUUCACUGUCAUGGCUUUACUGUUAAGUAUUGAAAAUGUAUUAGGUUUUAUUUGUAAUCAAAUACCAUUUUAUAAUAUCAUAAAGAUCAUAUUUACUGCUUAUAUUAGUGUACCAGGUAAUGAUAUGCCUUUGUAUAUAAUGAGAAAGUAUGUUCAAUCUUAUUAUACUAAAUUUGAUAAGCUUCAUGAAGAAUUUAUUAAAUUUAUUAUAAGUUUUUCUAUUCAUAUAAAAGAUACAAUUGCAAAGUACACUCAAAUAAUCAAUCAACUUAGAGAAAUCAAAGAAAAACUUGAUUCAUCAAAUGAUAAUUCUAAAUUAGAAAAAAUUUUUAUAAAUUGA